CGGGUCACCGGAUGGCAGGAACAGGCCGCAAGUAGCGGAGAUACCGGUUGCUUGGCUUAUGGCGCCGGCGCAGCGCUGCCCUCUGUGCCGACAGACCUUCUUCUGUGGUCGCGGACACGUCUACAGCCGCAAGCACCAGCGGCAGCUGAAGGUGGCUUUGGAGCGGCUCCUGCCCCAGGUGGAGGCCGCCCGCAAGGCCAUCCGCGCCGCUCAGGUGGAGCGGUACGUGCCCGAGCACGAGCGCUGCUGCUGGUGCCUGUGCUGCAGCUGUGAGGUGCGGAAACACCUGAGCCACGGAAACCUGACGGUGCUGCACGGGGGUCUGCUGGAGCAUCUAGCCAGCCCAGAGCACAAGAAAGCGACCAACAAAUUCUGGUGGGAGAACAAGGCUGAGGUCCAGAUGAAAGAGAAGUUUCUGAUCUCCCCCCAGGAUUAUGCAAGAUUCAAGAAAUCCAUGGUGAAAGGUUUGGAUUCCUAUGAGGAAAAAGAGGAUGAGGUGAUCAAAGAGAUGGCAGCUCAGAUCCGUGAGGUGGAGCAGAACAGGCAGGAGUUGGUUCGAUCCGUCUUAGAGCCUCAGGCAGUGCCAGACCCAGAAGAGGGCUCUUCAGCACCUGGAAGCUGGAAAGAGACAAAUAGCCGAGUAGCUUCCAGCUCACAGCAGCCCUCAUGCUUGGACCUGCCACCAGCUCCAGAGCUUGACUGGAUGGAGACAGGACAACCUCUGACAUUCAUUGGCCAUCAGGAUAUACCAGGAGUUGGUAACAUCCACUCAGGUGCCACACCUCCCUGGAUGGUCCAAGAUGAUGAGUACAGCCCUGGGAACCAACAAAUAGGACCUUCCUAUGAAGAAUUUCUUAAAGAAAAGGAAAAACAGAAAUUGAAGAAACUCCCCCCAGACCGAGUUGGGGCCAACUUUGAUCACAGCUCCAGCACCAGUGUAGGCUGGCUGCCCUCUUUUGGCCGGGUCUGGAAUAAUGGGCGCCGCUGGCAGUCCAGGCAUCAAUUCAAAACUGAAGCUGCAGCAAGGAACAAAGAGCAGUCACAUAAAUUAAAAAGCUAGUUAUUUCCAGAUACUCUUCCAACCACUAUAAGUGUCAAAGCAAAGUCAACAGACCCAUAACUACUAUUAUUCCUUCCACCAAAUCCUUUGUAAUGGCCUUUCUUAGGAAACAGACAUACCCAUUCAUUUGACUUAAUAAAGUUUUAUUUUUCCAAACGUA